CAAACUUCUGCACAAGAAGACAUUUGGAAUUAGAAUAGACAGAGUGAAGUAGAGGACUGAAUGUGAUGAGGAGGCUGGCUGUGUCUGCGUGGGAAGAGCCGGAUAAGGCCAGGCUGGGCCGUCCUCAGCUGGCUGUAGGUGGACUGGCUCAGGCCCUGCUCGUUGGGUGGAAGAAGCGGUUCUGUGAUCUCCAGUGAGAUGGACCUUUGGACAAAAGGGAAAUGACUGAAUUUUAGGCAGUUGAGGGAACUCAUGGGGUGAGGGAGACAGAGGAGCUGGAAGUUCUCAGAAGGCCAGAUCCACAGAUGGAGGACACAGUGCCCCGGUCAGAAUGGGCCCUGCCAGCUGGGGAGAGCUGUUCACACCACAUCCUGGGAUCCCAACCCUCCCCACACCACAUCCCAGGAUCCGGCCAGCGGGGAGGGCUGCUCACACCACCUCCCACGAUCUGGGCUCUAAGCGAACAUGCACCAGGACGGACCAGCAUCGUCCAUUCUCUUUUGAAAUCAAAACCCCAAAGCACCUGCUAGCUCAGCCUCCAUGACUUACCAACACGUGGUGAUGAAAUAUGAACAAACUGAUGUCGUUAGUUGAAGGCACAGGCAUCCUAGCAGCCCAGGCGGCAAUGGGAGUGUGGGAUCACACAGUGAGUGACAACAAAGGCACGCCUUCCCUUUCCGGCUGGAAAGCACUGGAAGCAUUGCUGUGCUAACUUCCGCGGGCAGAAGUCUGGGGGUGCCUAGGGGUCUCUGGAAUGUCGGUCCAGCACCCCUGCAGCCACUGCAGGAGUGCGGUCCUCACGCCUGCCUGUCCUCGUCCUUCAGCGGGUUAAGGGCAAUGUCUGCGUCUGCUGGGCUCCCCCAUCAGAUCAUGAGACAGAAAUGGCCUUGGCUUUGAAGUCAGACCCAUUUGGCCCUGCCAGCCUGGCCUCUUCCUGCUACAGACACUGGCACUAUCCUUGUCGCUCUGAGGAAUGGUAGCGAUAAUUCCCCUGCGAGGCCUUGGGAGGGGUCUGAGCUGGACGGUUAGCCCCGCAGGCUCCCGCAGGCCACCGUGGCUCCUGGUGGGAGACACAGCCUCUGCUGUUCUCGCUUUGGGAGUUGUCCUCAGAGGAAUCCAUACAGCCGGCCAGGGGCCAGGACCUGUUCUCUUUGGCGCCCUGGGAGGCGGCGCAGGAGGAGGCAUGAGGCUCACACGGGCAGGCAUUUCAUCUCAAGUGAUUUUUCUGCAACGUUUUCUCGCUUUGUGUGAGUUCUGGCAUGCUGACUUGUAAAAUGAGAGACUUUCAUGCAUAUUGUAUGAUGCUUGUGCAGAUGAAACCCAAGUCACCCACUCAUGAAUAAUCCAACUGUUCUUACCCUUCUCAAAGGAUAUUUUCCUGAACAAUCCGAAGUCACAACCACCACCUUGAAAUCUCCAGGAAGCCAAUGUUGCAAACUCACUUAAUUUUAUUAUUAAGACUUGCCCCAUGAAAUGUUUGUGAGAUGGAGCCAGCAGCUAAGAGACGGACUGAGAAAAGUUUCAGCUACGUCAUCAGAGCCCCCAGCAGCGAGGGGUUCGACGUAAUGAACGUUGAUGUGAAGAUUGACACAUCCUGGGUAUUCCCGGACAUGGAACAUAGUGCUGAGGAGCGGGAAUGUCUUCCGGAAGAAGCAUCUGGUCGCCCAGAUGGGGAUACGGGGGCGAUCAGGAGGCAGCUAGAGUCCUCCGAGCAGAAGCUGUUAGCAGCGGUGAACAAGUAUGUGACGUCGGAGUCCGGGCUGAGAAGCAGAAUUCGGGAGCUGGAGCUGUCAGAGAGGAAACUCCUCCGGAAGGUGGACCAGCUGAGUGCCCACGUGGCCCAGGAGAGAAGCGCCUGGCUCGAGGCCCAGGAGAAGCUGGCGGCACUGCAGGGGGAGCUGGCCGGCCGGGUCCGGGAGAAAGAGAGCUUGGCCAGGCGGCAGCGGUGGCGGCUGCGGCGGUUGCGGGAGCGGCUGCGGCGCAAGGACGAGGCACUGGGGCAGCAGGUGGCGGCCCUGGAGCGCUGCCGGCGGACCGAGCGGCGCCAGCUGGGCCUGGUGCGCGAGCAGGAGCGCGUUCUGCGGGCGCAGGUGCAGAGGCUGGAGCACGACGUGCGGCGCCUCUGCCGCGCCGCGGGCCUCCUGUUGGCCCAGUGGGACACAGCGGCCCCGGGCCCCCAGGGCGCCCUGGAGGCGGCUGCGGAGCUGCGCGCCCUGCAGGCGAGGGCCGAGCGCAGCGAGCGCGAGCGGGAGGAGGCGGCGCGCAGGCUGCGGGAGCAGCGAGCCACCGAGCGCCGGCUCCGCGGGCAGCUGGAGGAGCUGCGCUGCUGCAUCUACGGACUGAAGCUGUCGGAGAUUGGCCUGCAGGGCCAGGUGGAGGACCUCGCCCAGCAGAACCAGUGCCUGCGAGAGGAGUUGGGAGCCCAGGUCCCUGCUGGUCACUGCAGCCUGGACGCCCUGGGCUGUGUUCAGGGUGACUCACUGCCCCUGCCCGGGGAGGAGGCCCUGGACCUCUGCAGAAGCCAAGGCCAGCGGAGCUCCCUGCGGUCCGAUGAUGCUGGACAAAGGGCCUCAGCAGGCCAAUUUCCCCCUGAAGGGUCCAGUGCCUGGAGCUGCUUUGGGCCUGGACAGGCCUCUUCUGUUUUGGCUCCAGGCCCGGAGACCUCAAGCGAGCUCCCAGGAGACCUGGCAGGAUUCGUCCGUGAUCAGCUUACUCUGGCAGAGCCCAGCUUGGAUGGACAGAUUCUUCUCCUGGCCUGUGGCUGCCCCCCAAGGGAGUGCUUGGACGAGUCACUCCUCCCCAUGGACCUGGCCCGGAUUUCAGAGAAUCUAGCAGCUGACCCGGCCCCAGAGGCCUUCUUCCUGGUGCAGACGUCUACAUGCCCUCUCUGGGGGCCGGCUGGGGACUCAGCUUCUUGGCCACUCCAGGAGGUUCCCCUCGAGGGACUACAAACCCAAGAUGCGUUGGUCACUGUGUCCCCACCUCCUCCCAAAGCCACAGGACACCCUGGCUGGGAUUGUCACCAGGCAAGAGGCCAUGGUGCCUCCCUCUUCCAUGAGGCCCCCCAAAUUUCAAAUCACCGAUUUCCCAAAAAAGACCCUAAAGUUCUGAAAGACACUUGGAACAACGGAGGAGGAAGUCUGGGGAGAAGAACCAAGGAGGGGGAGGCAAGGGGGACUUUGGGCUGGAAGGGGAAAAACUUCGGUGACAAGCACCAGCCAAGUCAGGAAAGCCGUCAGAACCUGAGCUUGGAGAACCAGGCUGGAGCCACAGAGGGCAUGCAGGACCAGAACGGGGCUUCCAAGAACAAGGCCACCACCUGCUGGCCUGAGCCCUGGCAGGAGUUUCUGAUGCCUCUUCUACAGGGGGAGGCCUCAGUGUCAAAGGAAGGACCUGAAUCCCUGAGCAGGAGAGGAAGAGUGGAAGGAUAUGUCUGGGGUCUUGGAGGAGGACUGUCAUCAGAGAAGGAAGAGACGGCACCCCCAGCCACCUUCUCCAGCGCUUACGAGACCAAAGAGCCGAGGCCAACAGACAGUCAGCCCCCGGCAGGGAGAGGCAGAGGUCUCGGGAGGACAGCUAGGGCCAAGGAGGAAAGCCAGGUGUGGCUUGGAAAUGCUCAGAUUCUGCAAGGAGAAAGCCUGGAGGACGAAGGGGGGCUAGAGGAGGAGGACGAGGUCCCGCAUCAAGAAGCGUCCAGUCCGGGGUACAGGGGUGCCCCCGAGGAACCUGACUCCCAGGGACACGAGAGCAAGGAAAUGCUUUUCUUUGUGGGAGAGACAGGUUUGCCGCUGUUUCCCAGAUUUGCCUUAUCAGCUGACGGGGGUGAACCCACUGGUCAUGGUCAACCACAAGCUGUGAGCAAAGUACACGACAGGUGUGCACUCACAAUCGAUGAGCUGGCACAGGAGGUGGAGGCUUGUUUCCAGCAGCUGUCCACACUGCAGCCGGGUGGUGGGGGCUGGCAGCGCUCAGCCUCUGUGUGCGGGGGAGGGAACUGGAGCUUCGCUCAGAAGUGGCACAUUGGUGGGGAGAGAGCUUGCUCUCAGCAGGUUUGGGGAAACCAGGGUAUUUGUUCUGAUGAAGAAGCAAAGUCAAAAGUGAGUGGUGAAGGGGAUAAGCUGGAAAAGACCAUGGCUCUGGGCACCAGCGAAGUUCCCGGUGACCCAGGGACACUGCCUGAUUGGGAUGAAGCCAGCCCGGACCCUCCAGGGGAGCCCGCUGAGCCCUCGGGUGCCCUCAAGAGAGUGAAGAGCAGGUUUCAUCAGCUCAUUUCUAGACUGAAGAAAGAGAGAAGCCAGAUUUUACAUGACAAUGCCAAACUUCACGGAGACCAAGAGAGGUGCCAUAAAAGAGUGUGCACCCUUGAAAGAGAGAGAGAGGUGACAAAAAUAUCCAGGCUGGAGCAGGAGAACCAGGCGCUGGGAGGGGACAUCUCUCAGUUAAGGAAAGAACUGGACCAAUAUUUACAAGUCAUCUCCGACCUGGAAGACUGCAACGGGAAGAGUUACAGCAAAAUUUUGGAGCUUGAAGAGGAAAAUGAAAAACUGAAAGGGAAUCUGGGCCAGCUCCAGAAGGCCAUGUCGGAGAGCAUUCGGAAAUCCAAAGGCACGGUGGAGCAAGUCGCCCUGGAGAACUGGGAGCUGCGGGUGCUGAUCUCAGAGCUCAGUGUCAGUUACAAAGAGCUGAUCAAGGAUGUGGUGCUGGGCAUAGAAGACAUGAUCUGGGCCUUCAGGGGGGAGAACGAACACCUUUUACACAGAGUCCACGUCCUGGAGAGGGAUGUCACCUUGCAGAGGAGCAUGGAUCAGGGGCAUUCGAUGAGGGGAAGGCAGCACCUUCAGGGAAAAGCCAGGAUGCAUGCUGUGGACAAAGAGGUGCAGGUGACUCCAUGCACAGGGCAGCUGCUUCCAAGAGCCUGUGGGCCACCCUUGGAGAAGGAAACGAGCCUGGCUGCAGGGCAGACAGGACCCUCCGCAGGUGCUGGGAAUUCCAGACACAGUGCUGAUUCUCCUUCUCCAUCAGUGGUCUGGAACAACGCUGACGUAGCCAACACCCUGCAAGGAAAUGUCGGUGGAGCCGGAGUGAAAGAAGCACGUUUGGAGAAAGAGAAGAGGCCCUGGUGUUCUGUGGCUCAGGGGCAAGCUCUGAGGUCCCAGAGCAACGGCCCAGAGCUCCAGGACUCAGAGGCUGAAGGUACUGAGGAGGGUCACAGGCUGCGUGCCCAGCAGCUCCAUCACCGGGUACUGACCUUACAGUGCCAGCUCAGGGACCUGGGCGCCACCCACCAGGCAUCUCGGGACGAGGCCACCCGUCUCCAGGAGGAGCUCCAGGCCAAGCUUGAAGAACUUCAGCGAAAACAACAUGAAGCACAGUUGGCGGUGACUCCCCUGAAGGCCAAGGUAGCUUCCCUGGUCCGUAAGUGCCGGGAGAGGAACCGCCUGAUCACCCGCCUGCUGCAGGAGCUGCACAGACACGGGCCGGUGGACCUUCUGCUCUCCGAGCUGGCGCAGAAAAUGCUCGGCGACGUGGCACUGGCUGAGUACGUGGCCGCCUUCCUGGAUCCCGGAGUCCCAGAGACAAGCCACCACCUGGACGUCAAGUCUGAGAUGACAGCAGCUCUAAGAGCUCGGACAUACCUCUUGAAUCCUGAAAUGGACAGUGUCCACCAAAGCCCAUUGUCUUCAGAGUCCUGGCCUGUUCCCGAGCCUGAGUGGCCAGCACAGACAGCCCAACUGGAUUCUCGGAAGCUCUUUCUGUCCUCGGGAUCCACGCUUGAUCCUGGAACGUGCCUGGCUAUGGUCACCGAGGAAUCAGGACUCCCCGCACAACGUCUGCAAGAAAAAAGGGGAAUGCCCCGUCCUGCCCUCCACGCCGCUAACGCCCCAGCACCCUCCGAGCUCCUGAGCCCAGCGAGGAUCCUGGCUUUUCACCAAGAGCUUAGACAAAGCAUUUGCAGCAAUUCCCAGGUCCAUAAAUCACCACUGGAGUUCUAACUGUAAUAGGACCACUCGUUCUCCGGAGCCAUUUCAUAGACUCCAUAAAUAUUUGAAGCAGAACCUUCAGAGAGUGCUUUAAGAAAUUGGUAGCAAUCAAAGCCCUCAUUUAGUGGCAAGUGGUUUUGCCUUCGGCUUAGGGAUUUGUGUUCAUUGUCAGAGCUUGAGAGCAAUGCUGGAGGGUGCCUGGCACCUUCUGAGGGGCGUGGCUUCGGCGAUGUCAAGGAGCGCAGGAAAUACUUACUGCACCGGAACCUAUCGAAUGAGUGGUCCGGAGGUUCUCAACUGGGUGCAGCUUUAGCCCCCCAGGGAAAAUCUGGCCUUGCCUGGAGACACUUUUGGUCAUCACAGCUGGGACACUUCUGCUGGCAUCUGGUGGGUAGAGGCCGGGGAAGCUACCAAACAUCCUACAACACCCCAGCCAGCCUCCUAUGGCAAAGAUUGACAGUCCCAGUGCCGCCAAUGCUGGGAUGGUGAGCCCGGGACGGAUCUCACAGCUGCGAACACGAUCGGCCAUGGAGAAUUGUUUUGUUAUUUUUCUGCCCCCAGGCUCCCUCCCGUGUUCUAAGGGAUUUUCGUCUAUUAAAUGAAGCACCUAACUUAAGUCAUUAUACAUUUUACAUUUAAAAACAUUAAAACUGACCAGAACUUUCUAGUCAGUCCAUUCACUCCAAAAACAUCUGUUGAUACCCACUCUGUGCCAGGCAGUGUGGCAUGAAGGGGAAAGAGAUGCGUCGGUGUUGAUCCCGGCGCCGGGGACCUCACAGGACAGUGGGAGAGACUCCUAUCCGUCAUUUAUUUAUUCGAUCUGCAUUUAGUGACGGCCGUGUACAUCUGGUUAGAUGCUGCUGGUCAACAAGCAAAGAUGAUGCUGUCCACUUAGGCUUUCAGGGACCCCCUGGAGACCCUGUGGCCCCGUUACCACCCCUCAGGGAGUCCCAAGACUGGAAAGCACCACAGUGAUCCCUCUGCCGGUUCGACCACCCCAGCGCCUCGCUGUAAUUUCCAAGCCGGAAGUGACCUGCAGCGCUGGUUUAGUGAUCUGCCUUCUGCCUCCCUCUGUAUGUUGGGACAACAUCAUUAGCUUUGAGCAUCAGGAACAUGAUGGAGAGGGGACAGAAAGCCAGUGCAGUCGAGGACAGCCAGCUGAGCCCUUGCCGAGUCGGCGAGAUGCAGCUUGGUGCCACCACACUUGGUCUCCAGGACUGCCGGGAGCUCAGACGUUGGGCAUCUUGUCACUUCAUGCGCCCCCCGUGCACUCAUGUGCUGGGCCUGGGCAAAAAGGCAACCCAGGAAAUCCAUUAAAGCAAGCCAAGACGAUCUUCACAGCUUAACCCAACGAUUCCCUAAUAAAUCAUGUUUCCGAGACAGAAGCCAGUUAUUCUUCCGGGCCGUGAAUCCCGUCUGGGACUAGCACUUUGAGUCAGCUCCAGCUUUGUGCCCUGGCUCCCUGGGCACUUCUGCAGUGCAGCAUGGCGGACUCCUGCCUUCCCCUGGCCUGGUCUGUAGACCCCAGCCCUUGGAAGGGUACACGGACGCUCCCUGCACCCAUCAGAUGCCCUGGGGCAGACCUGCUCUGGUGACCCAGCGGAUUCAGGCAAGAACUUGGCACACAGGAGCUGGUCUCCGGCUGCCCCACGGGCAGGGAAUGACUCUACCAGUGACCCCGAGGCCUCUGGAGACCAGCCAGACAUCCAGCCUGGGUCUGCAGCAGAAAACGAUUUGUCACAGGACUGUCAGCAAACAACAAUGGUUGACUUCCCUGGCGGCGGAGCCCUAAACCCUGCGAGCCUCCUCCUUGUGCCUCCCCUUGGCUGAGCCCAGCUGGAAGCCAGAGGCCAAGGGAGCCAGGGAUGUCAUCCUUGGGGUCAGCAUGCUGGGGCCAGAGAAUGGAUGAAACUGGGGCCAAGAGGGCAGAGCCACAGCCAGAAGGACAGCCAAGUGUCAGAAAACACUGGGGGCAGAUGCACCGGCCCCAGGUCCCACCCAGCCCAGGGCCCAGCCUGCUAGCUGGUCGAGAAAAAUGCGAGUUUCCUUCAAAUGGCGAACAGAAGCAACUGAGAAGGCAGCAAGGCGGUUGAUGGUAAGGAGGCAGGAGCCGGGGCGAGUCUGAUUUGCACCUCCUUGGGCAGGCCCCACCCUUCCGGCCUCUGUUCCCUCCUUGCCAGGCUGAAGGCCUUGGAAGAGAUCCCACCUCCCAGACUACACAGGGCCCCAUGACUCAUUUUGCUUGUUACAUUCCAUGUGGGUCUCCCAUCUGCAGAUGCCAGGCUCACAUUCAGGAGGCAUGUUUGUGAACGAAAUGGGAGGUUUGCCCUCUCCAGGCACUGGCACUCUCACCAGGCCACUUAAAUGCAGGAGAAGACACAGGAAAAUGAAACCCUCAUGGGAAACCACAGCUUCUCCAUACCCGUCCCUGUCAGCGCAUUGAUCUGCCGGCUGGUUUCCAUAAGCACUUGGUCAGAGGAAACAAAAGUCUUACAUCAUUUGCUCCACAAACUCCUGUGGUGACUGGAACCCAGCUGCUGCUGUCUGAGAAAGGAAGACAGCACAGAAGCAAACACAGCAAGCUGGAAAAUAUUUACAUCCUUCUCAACGGACAGAGAAGAGGUGGCCCACCAUGGUUCACGAUCCUUUCCAGAGAGCCAGAUUAUAAGCCAAGCAACCAUCUUCCUGUCUCAGGUCACUAAUGGGGAAUAUUUCUACUCUGUAUGAUGCCAAGCAGGGAACCCAAGAGAUGGCUGCUGACCGUAAGAAGCCCACAUUUAUUGGCAUGGGUGAGUGGCAGGAAGCUGGGUCUGGAGACCCAAGGACCCAAGGACCUGUUGGCUCUGCUGCUCCGACGCUGGGUCACUGUGCACAAAUAACUCACCUUCUUCCAACGUCCUCUUCAUCUGUUUGAGGGUCCUAUGCCUACUUGACAGUUUUGACAACCAAGUGAGCUAAUGGCUGGGAAAGUGCCUGAAUACCAUAAGAUUCUCCCCAAACGUUGGGGGCCUUGCUGUGUUUGUGAAAUGCAGUUCCUUCGUCUUAGGGACUUCACUAACGGUUGUUCAGGAGCACACUCUUGCCGUAAAGACGCAUGGAUUUACCAUUCUGCAUAGCUUCUAUCCAAGAUGGCUGAUGAGGGGAUGGUAGGAUCAGGGUUUUAAAAAAUAAUUGAAGUGGUUAUUUUGAUAUUAUAGAACUCCUGCAGAUGCUUGGGCUAAGAUGGAGUUCUCAACUUGCACGAAAAGUUGCAUGCAAGUGAACUCUUUCCUAAGGAGAAGGAGCAUGGAUUUCAUCUGAUUUGCAAAUAAGACUGGUAGACAAACACCCGAGCAGCCAAGCUCCCUUAGUCUAGGCAAAAAGGGCUCUCUCAGGAAACCCAGAGACCAACUCUGCCUCCAACUUGCUGGUGACCUUAAGGCUGCCCCUUGGCUUCUAUCUGCCUCGGCUCCUUAUCUGUAAAAUGGGUGUAGCACAGCCUUCCAGUUGCUGAGCUCCUACUGAGACACCGGCUCUGGCCAGGCAGGAAGCUUCCAGACCCAGCCUCCUUGCUUCCAGAGUAAGUGAAGAGCUCUUCUUCUCUCAAACAUAUCACUUCAGGCAACUUGUGUCCAGGAGUUGUACCCAACUGACCACAGCACCCCAAAGUGCCCAGGCAUGCAGCCUCAUUUCAGCUCCUUUUGCUGGACAGUUAAUGAGCAUCACAGCCCACUUGCUGUGCUUGGACCCAGGAGAGUCUGCUUCCUGUGACACCAUUUCCCUGUAAACUGCAGGGCUGUGAGGCCCGCUUACACUGACAGCCAGGGGCCUGGCAGGGACCUGUGAAAUCUCAGUACCACCCAGGAAGAUGCAGUGAAAAGCCAGCUGCUGCACGGGGAAACCUCAGUGAGCCGCAUGUUUUCCUGCCCCGGAUGCUGUGAGACAGCGAGUGGUGGCCGGAAGUCAGGCCUGGCGAAUGGAGUUGGCCGCGGGUGUCUCAGAUCUCCGCAGAUCCUGGGGCAGUGGUCGGUGCUGGGUGAGCAAUAGUCAGGCCCCACACCACGUUACAGACCUUAGAGAAUUUCCAGUCCACAGCGGGUACUGGCGGCCCUUGGGCCAGAUUCGGCCCACAAAUGUAUCACAUUUGGCUUACAUUUUAUGUUUUUCUAAUUGUGAAUGCACUUCGUGCCAGUGAGCUGGAUACUUAAAAAUGGUUAAGAAGGUAUGUUUCUCUAAAACCCUAAAACGUAUCUUCUUAACCAUUUUUAAGUAUUGGUUCAGUGGCUCGGAGUGCAUUCACACUGAUGUGCAGCCAUCACCUUCAUCCAUCUCCAGAACCUUCCAUCUUGCAAAACUGGAACCACUAUAUUCAUGAAACACUCAUUCCCCACUCCCCUGUCCUACAGCCGCGGGCACCCACCCUUCUACUUUCUGCCUCUGUGAAUCUGAACACUCUAGGACCUCGUAUGAGUGGAAUCAUACAGUCAGUCAUCUGACUGGUUUAUUUCACUUAGCACAAUGUUUUCGAGGUUCACGUGGCAGCAUGUGUCAGAGUUUCUGUCCUUUUUAUGGCUGAAUAAUAUUCCAGUGUGCAGAUGGACCACAUUUUGUUUAUUAUCCACGCACUGAUGGACCUUUGGGUGGCUUCUACCUUUUUGGCUAUUGUGAGCAUUACUCCUACAAACACAGGUGUACAAAUAUAUUCCUAUGUUGCAUUUUUUAAUAUUGGAGUUAGCAAGUGGUAUUUAAAAACCAAGAGAUUUCAUACACAAAUCUGGAUUUCCGGCUUCUCUUAGAAACUCAGUGUAUCUGACAGCAUGGGGCCUCUAUCUUCCUGGCCGCAGUGAGAGGUGAAUGAAGCCAGCUCACUCCCUCCCCUACUGAGAGGCACCCCUGCCAGUGGACCACAGGGCCCCGACUCCUUUCCCUCCACUCACUGCAAAACCUGCCUGGGUUCCACAGUCUGUGGCUUAGUGACACCUCAUCCACUCAACACCCUCACAUUAUGGACAAAAAUGCGGAGGCCCAGGGAGGAAGGGUGGCUGGGGCUCGAGGUCUCACAGGCCAGAAAGCGCUACAACAGCUGAAAUGCAGGAAGGGCCUGCAACUGGGCAUUGCAAAGCCUUGGUUCUACUUCCAGCUCUGCCACCUGCCUUUCCCAGGGACUGGGACAAAGCCCUUCAACUUUCUGAACCUAAAUUUCCUCUUUGGAUGAAAAUGGGAGAAAUGACACCUUCUUUUGCAGCCUCAUGACGUACUGUGAAGACAGAAGGAGAUGAUGAGCAGUCGCUGUUGAAUAAAGUUGAGAUGGAAAGGGGCGUUACUAAAAGCACAGGUCAUGUCAGGCAACCUGGCAUCUGGGGGUCUGUUUCCUCAUCCGUAAGACAGGAAAGGGGGCCACACCUUUCCCCACAGGGCGAUUCCUAGGAUCAACUGAGGCAGAGAAGGAAAAGCAUCCAGCAGAGGGCUUGGCACCCAGCAGAUGCUUCACAAAUGCUACUUUCUAAUAAGUAAGGUCACAUCCAAGGAUUCCAAAUUCCCUUCCUGCAGAACACAACCCAGCCAGAGGUGUAACAUCAUGGGAGUGACCGGCUUCAGGGUCUAUUGGCCUGAUUUCAAAACCGAAGCUGGACAUUUUAGCCACUGAGGGCACUGGGCAGGUGAGCCCGUCUCUCUGAUCUGCAAACUCUUCCAUUGUUUAGUGGGGAAAAUAUCACUGUCCUUGACAGCUCAGGGGGAAAUGAGAAAUGGAAGGUGCUUUGCACACAGUAGACACUCAGUAAGGCUAAUUCCUUUCCUUGCCUUCCUGAGUAGAAAUCUGUUUUCUGGGUUAAAAAGAUGACAUGUUUUCCAAAUAUCUUCCAAAAAUCAAAAAAUAAAAAACGGAACAAGGAAAAGUAUGGUUUCCAACUUCCCACUGAGGUUUGUCAGUCACCAGGUUUCAUUUACUCAUUCAAGGAACAAGCAUUGAUUGAGCACCACUAAGCGCAAGGCUCCACACGAGGCCCUGGGGUUCUAGGAGAGAACAGACUAGACCAUCGUGCUGCCCUGGUGGGUGGGCGUCCGUAUGAGUCUGGUCAGUUGCUCCAUGAGUACUCAUUCAGUGCCUCUUCUGAGCUGACUUUCCAAGGGCCCUGGCUUUACCUGGAAGGCUCAUCUAUUGCUGCCUGUGUGUUUCCUGCAUAUCUGGACCCCACCCACUUCUCUGCCAGUUCCAGAGAACAUACCUAUCCUGGGUCCCAGACCUUUCGACACCAUGGUCAUCCUGCCCGCAUGUGCUGCUUCUGUUAUCCCCUCAGUCCUUUCCAGGGUCCCUGGCAAGGCCAGCGAAGCACUCCUGGGGUGAACCCAUUGCACCCUGUGGGCCAGGUGUGGGCCCCAGAGAGCCUUGCCUCUUAGUUUACCUUUAGGCUUUGAAUGAAAUGGGAAAAUGGAUGGAAAGCCCUUUGUAAACUCUUAAGAUUUACAUGUUUACACAGGAUCGGUGUUUUCUGACUUUUCCCUAGAGAGAUGACAGAGACCAUCCGAUGUAGGAGAAAGAGGUUAGGGUUUAAGAGCGGAACAGCUAGGCUGCAACCUGGGUUCUGCAACUUAUUAGCUCCGAGACCAGAGAAAGUGACAUCCCCUCCUCAGUUUACUUGCUGGGUGAAUGGAGGUAAUAAAAUACUCAUCUCGGCACCUACUGUGCUCAGUAAAGGAAAAACUGGAUAGGAAGGCAUUUUGCAGAGGUAUGUGUUGUAUACUGUACUCAUGUCAUUAAUUUAAUGCACAUUUAUUAUACACCUACUGUGUGCCAUUAUGAACAAGGUGAUCUGUCAUAUGACAAUUUGGAAGAAAGUCCACAGGCUAAGGGAGAGAAGAAAUGCUUGUCAGAUGGUUGCACUGCACAUUCAUAGAUUAUGAUUAGCAACAGCCAGCAAGUUGGCAUGGCAACGUUUCCCCAUGAACUGCUAGGCACUGUUCUUAAAAUAGGUAUGUCGGAGGUGUGGCGGCAGCGGGGACACGCUGAGGCAGGAUGGCUUGAUUGCUCUGCAGACCAAAGUGGGCUGUUUGCUGAGAGUGGCCCUGCCAUUGCUUCCCAGGCAAGCCAGCAGGGCAGUGAUUCAGGUGACAGAUCCGGAAACAUCCAUUGUUGGAGCUGGAGACGGUCUUAGACUUCCUGUAGUGUGAGCCACCUUCUUCUCCCCAUUUUACAGGCGAGGAAGCUGAUUCCCAGAGAGGUUAACAGACAUCUGUGGUCCAGUGACAAAGCCACUUGGUUGCAGAUGGGAUUGAACCUGGUUUGGAUGUCAUCACGGAGUGUUCUCCAACUGUGCCAUGGGGCCGGCUCUUCUGAAUCAGAAUUUUAGGUCUUGAUCUGACGCAAUUAAUUUUCUAGUGGGCUACAAUCUAUGUGGCAUCACCUAGCAAUAGGUAUGUGUUUAAGGAAUUGUUUCAUUUUGUGUGGAAUUCUUGCCUGCUUUUCACCCUGGGGAAGCCCUGAAUCCCAGGAUAUCUUGGAAACUCACCUACUUUUUGACUAGACACAUGAUUAAGCUUUAAAUCUACUCUUCCAUAGCCUUCCUUAGCUAGUUUCCCAGUGUGAAGUGAAGCAUCAAAGCUGAUCAAAGGUUUAUGAAUUGCUUUGCAAUGAGGUUAUUAUAUGACUUUAGUUACCCAUCAUUGCAGAAAACAGGCAACCCAAGUCCUUUCACAGAUGAGUUCCUUUCUAUUUGUUUUACUCAGCAAUUUAUUGAGUAAACUUUUAUAAACUUGAGAGGAGCUUUUCACCUUCAGAUUGUGAGCUUCUUUUAAGAAAUUCACAGCUUCCCUCUGACUGCAGGGUUAAAUUCCAGGUCUGAAAUGUGAAACCUUUUGAGAACUCAGUCAACUUCUGAGAAUAGGGUGCUAGACAUUUCUGAUAUUUUAGACGCAACCUUUUUUCUCUGUUGAGGUAGUGCCAUGCGGUGGAAAGGGCUCUGAGUUGGGAUUCCAGCAAGGGUAGGAGGGGCUGCAGUCCUGCCACUUACCCCUUCCAGGUCAUUUGAAGGAUAUAAAGACUGCAUUCUGCAGUGAUGAUUCUUCACCCUGGUUGCAUGUUGGACUCACCUGCAGAGCUUUUUAAAAAACCGAUGCUCAGGCCUCUCUCCAGGCCACUUAAAUCAAGUUGUCUUGAGUGGGGCCCUGGGCAGAGAUCAUUUUGAAAAGCUUCCCAGUGAUUCUAAUGGGCAACUGGGGAAGAACCAUGGGAAUACACUCACAUAGUCUCUUUCAAUUCUCCCAUUCCCUGUGCUAAUUAAAUUCUAAAAUGCUACUGUGGGUUUCUUCUAUGUUAGACUCCUAUUUAUUUUUGCUCCUAGCUAGGAAAGAAAUGUGUCCUCAGAGUCGAAAGGAUGAAACGUCGUAUCUUUGGAGUAUUUUUGGCCAUGAGUUGGCUUUGCAACUCUACCCUCAGAGGGCCUUUUAAACAGCUGAUGGUUCUUAUGGAAAUGAAAUGCAUGAUGUAAUACUGCAUGGAGCUCCACGUGGCAGAUCCUGGAGCUGAGCUUUUGGUGACAGUUCCAUGAAAGUUCAGAUCAUAUAACUGGAUGGGACAAUAGACACACUCAAUGAAUCUCUUGGGUGGUACAGUUGUUUGCAUCCUAAACUCCAGAAUAUCCAAAAAGAGAUAUUCUGUGAUCGAUACAUUUACCAGUUGGGUAAGCAGACACAAGUAGAUUUGUCUUUGGCAUGUGCACCAAUGGCCAACUGCAUUUCUACCUGGCUUUGAAAUAAAUUAUUUGAAGUUCUCUGGUGCCUUAAGGUGGUAUAGAAGGAAAAGACCCCUGGAGUUUGUUAAUAUAUUUAGUCUUCUUCUCUGUGUUACUGGAUUUUCUAAAAGCAGAUCAUUUGUACCUUGGACCUAAAACCGCUUUCAAGAACUCAGUAGACUUGGGAUUGAAGGACUGGGUUUUCCCUUUCCCACGCGAACUUCCCUAAAUCCUACUCUGGCUUCAGAAAGCUCAGCUCCUACACAAGUCUGACUUCGGCAUCCUUAGUGUAAACGUCUUGUAUUGAGUCAUGGAAAGACUAAUGGAAGAAUUGAUAGCUCAAAAAUGAGUUUUCUGCCAACAACAUUUUUUUUCUGUCUCUGAAAACACCAGCAGGCUGUGUCCAAGAAUGGGCUGAUGUUCCCUUACAAGGGAAGAGAGAGACAAAUGAAUGGGAUUGUUAAAAAUGGCUGAAAACUUGAUAUGAACUUUGAGUCCAUAUUAUCUUUUUAAAGUGAUACAAUACAAUAUUUGUAAAUGGGACAUUGAAAGUGAUGGGGUAAAGGAAUGCCUACGCAGUGAUGUUCUAACCAUUAACUCUUUAGUGGACAGGGACAAGGUCUGCACCUCACAGAAGUAGGAGAGUGAGUUAUGGGCCCAGACACAUGGCGGCUCUGCCACCAACGAACUGUGCAAGCUUGGACAAGGUACCUACCUCUCUCAGCCUCAAAGUCCUCCAUGGAAAUAGUGGGAAGGGGUGAGGAGUAAACAAAUAGCAAGUUUCUUAAAACACUCAGCAUGUCAGUGGAUGCUGGGAGCCUUCCCUCACCCCUUUGAAAAUGGGCUCUGCACAGACACAUUUUGGUGGGAGGCUGGGGCCAAUCCCACCCACCUGAGUUGGGGGAAUAAGAUGAUCCCUUCCGCAGUUCAGGUUUGCACAACCAGCUUUUGCAGGGAAGGCAGGAAGAGGCGUGGGUGUUGUUGGUAGAGCGAUAAGCAAGGCUUGCAAUUUCACUUUGGUAGAACCACUGUGGUCUCCUUAGUUCUUCCAGGUUGAAUCCUGGGCAGAGAUCACAUGAAAGCUGAGAAGCACAGAUAUCAGUUUAGAAAUUGCGUAUUUUCCCGCUGAAUCCCAAAUGCACAAUAACUCUACACCUUGCGGUUGCAUGAAUCUACGAGGCUUCCUAUGCACCCUCAGUAAUAAACCCAAGACUCAGAAUGUUGUCAGGCCAAGUCCUGCCCCUCCCUGGAGUGAGCCACCCUGCUUCACAUGGGAGUGGUCCAGUAAUACAACCUGAGCCUCCCCUCCGGAAGCUCUUUAGCAGGACCCUUCUCGGGUUCCGGGGCAGCGGUCUGUCCCCCGAGGCCUGCCUGCCAUGAAGCCAUCAGCCCGUGGAGAUGUUCGUUGGAUUCCCGACGGGUAGUGGGUCGGGCUCAACCCUCCCUUUGGGUUUUCAGGAUUUGUAAUGAUCGCUCCAUUUGUGUAAAAUAGGCCGGCAUUUUCUCUUGUUACUGAGAUGUAUUUUUCUAUGUUAGUUAAAUGUAUAAUUUGUGUAAUUUUGUACAUUAAAAUGUAUGCUUUUUCACAAUUAAAGGGUCUUUUUUCCCUUUU